AUGGCAAGCACUAUGAGGCGGUUCCGUGUAUUGUGUGGAGCGACUCAAACUCCUAACGCGCUCGUACUGCAGCCAUGGAUUAAAAUUAUUUCAGGUUCUCUUAAGAAAACAGGUCUUCGUGACAAAUUCGUCCUAUUAGGCUAUGAAAGCGGUGUUUUAAUAGCAAUAAAAAUGGCAGAAAUUCUGGAAGCGCACGGUAUACUUGGAACCAUUUUUUGUAUCGGCGGAUCCCCAGAUGAUAUCAAGGCACAUUUUCAGCAUAAACUAAGCAUUUAUAAAACUGAAGUAGAUCUCCAAAAACGCAAUUUUACAGCACACAACAAGUCUUAUGAUGAAAAGCUGAUGAAAGAAUUAAUAAAAAUC